AGGGGAACCCGUAGAGCUUGUCGACAACACUUCUCUCUAAACUUUAGACUUUAGCUCUCGCAUUCGGCCAUAUAUUUUAAAACAUUAUAUUAAUUAAUGUUGUAUCUAAAUGCUAACAUAUCGCCCUGUAAUUUUUGCGGUUUUAUUUCGUCGAGAAAAUGUAUGCUGCUUUAGCGUAGUCGUUGUUUUCUGUGCCUCGCGCAGGCAGCCAUGGCUGUCCACCAUUUUUAGUGCGCUGCGCGCGGCUCUUUAGAAACUCGGCUCUCCAUUCAAAAGGCCAUUGUUGCUUUUUUUUUUUUUUUUUUUUUUAAAAACAUUUUUUCCUUAAGUAAUAUUUCGAAUUAUAUUAUCAUCUGGAUUUACCGAAAUUUAUGUAUAUUUUUCUUUUCGUUGACGGAGUAAUAAGUUCGAUAUUUUUAUUCCGGCUGUGGAUGUUACUCCUCACUUCAUGCAUUUCCCUACCUGUCUAUGGAAUACGUAUGUUUACGUUGCAGGUUUACGUGCGAUAGGUUUUAUUUUGAUUCUUAAAUAUGUUUUCGGUCGUCCUUUGUUCUGAUGACGCAGUAAGAAUUUUUGCAUGUGGGAUCUAUUGCAUUAAAAGUCUGAACUCGUUUGUUGCUUGUGACACCGAAAGGGUACCAUUUCGCUCUCAUUUUUAUCUAAUAUAAUUUCUUUUUAAAUUUGUGCUUUUUUCGCCAAGCGUGUCAAGGUUGCUCGUUUUUUCCUUACGAGGCAACGGGAGACUUUUUGCAGUCCUGAAAGCAAAGCAGGACUUAUCGGACUUGCAUGAUGGUUUCACCCCUUCUCAACUUUAGACAGUUUAAUACCUAGAUUAAAGAUCAUCCUUAACACUUAAACAAUAUAAACAUGUUGAAGAACAACGACAAGAAGGAAGGAGACGACGCUUCGCUUAAAAGCAAUGCUUCGAGCAACUCUGCAUCAGAGGUGUCAAAUCAUUCAGGCUCAGAGUCGGGCAGCCAGUCUGAGAGUGAGCCAGGCAGCGAACGUGCAUGCUCCCAGCAUUCCGAGUCGAACAGCACAUCUGAGUCUGAGAGCUGCUCUGAAUCUGGCAGUGAAUCCACUGGGUCAAAGUCACGUCAGACCAUUGCAGAGAUCAAAGAGAAACGAGUCAAAAAGCGAGAUCUGGCCGACGUGAAAAAGAUGUGGGAGGAACAUCCAGAUGUUUAUGGUGUCAGAAGGUCCAAUCGGAGCAGACAGGAGCCUGCUCGUCUGAACAUUGGGGUAGAGGGCAGCAGUGAGUCUGAGACUGAAAGCCACAAAAGAAAAGUUUCACGACCGAAAAAGAAAGAAAAUGCCUGGAAAGAUGACUCAAAUGAUGAAGAGGAUGGUGAGGAAGAAGCCAGCAGUUCAGAGAUUGAGCAGGAAGAGAAAAAGGUUCGAUCCAGACGACUUCCCGUUAGAAGGCCACAGCCCAAAUCAUCCUCAACCAAGCAGCAUCAGUCUCAAAAGGGACGGAAACAGAGGAAGCAGGAAACAUCUGAUGAAGAUGACGAUGAUGAUGAAGAAGGGGAUACUCCAAAAAGACAAACACGGCGAAGAGCAGCUACUAAAGUUAGUUAUAAGGAGGACCAGCAUGAUUUUGAAACAGACUCUGAUGACCUGAUUGAGAUGGCAGAGGGAACAGAAGAUGUGCAAGAUGAUGACAGUGAGACCAUUGAAAAAGUCAUGGAUGCCAGGAUUGGCAAGAAAGGAGCUACUGGAGUAGCCACCACACUCUAUGCGGUAAUGGCCAACGGGGAUCCUAUGGCAGAUUUUGGUCCUGACAAAGAGGAAGGUGAGACUCAGUUCCUUAUCAAAUGGAAGGGCUGGUCCUAUAUCCACAAUACAUGGGAAAGUGUGGACUCACUCACUCAGCAAAAGGCCAAAGGGAUGAAAAAACUGGAAAACUUUAGGAAGAAAAAUGACGAGCUCAGUGCUUGGUUGAAAAAAGCCUCACCAGAGGAUUUGGAAUAUUACAACUGCCAACAAGAGUUAACUAUUGAUCUGAACAAGCAGUUUCAGAUAGUAGAGAGAGUCAUUGCUAUGAGAACCGGGAAAUCACAGGUGCCCUCUGAUUUUCCCUCUCAUAAGACCACGUCUAACAAACCUGAGUACUUAUGUAAGUGGAUGGGUCUGCCCUAUGCAGAGUGCACUUGGGAAGAUGGUGCCCUAAUAGGAAUAAAGUUCCAGUCUUGCUUAGACAGUUUCAACAACAGGAAUGUCUCCAAGACUAUGCCCUCCAAAGACUGUAAGGUGUUAAAACAGAGGCCAAGAUUUGUGGCUCUAAAGAAGCAGCCCUCUUAUAUUGGAGAUGAGAACCUGGAGCUGAGAGACUACCAGUUAGAUGGAUUAAACUGGCUUGCACACUCUUGGUGCAGGUGUAACAGUGUUAUCUUAGCUGAUGAGAUGGGCCUAGGGAAGACCAUCCAGACCAUUUCAUUCCUUUCCUACCUGUUCCAUCAACACCAGCUGUAUGGCCCCUUCCUCUUGGUUGUGCCCCUUUCCACAUUAACUUCCUGGCAGCGCGAGUUCAGUACUUGGGCUCCUGAUAUGAACGUUGUGGUCUAUCUGGGGGAUGUUUUGAGCAGAAAGACGAUUCGUGAUUAUGAAUGGAUUCACCAGCAGACCAAACGAAUAAAGUUCAACACACUUUUGACCACAUAUGAAAUUUUAUUAAAGGAUAAGGGUGUUUUGGGAAACAUAAACUGGGCAUUUCUUGGGGUAGAUGAGGCUCAUCGGCUGAAGAAUGACGACUCUCUGCUGUAUAAAACACUAAUAGAUUUCAGGUCGAACCACAGGCUACUCAUAACAGGAACACCACUGCAGAAUUCAUUGAAAGAGUUGUGGUCUCUCCUGCACUUUCUUAUGCCUGACAAGUUUGAGUUGUGGGAGGAUUUUGAAGAUGAGCAUGGUAAGGGCAGGGACAAUGGCUACCAGAGCUUGCACAAAGUGCUUGAGCCCUUCCUUCUGCGUCGUGUAAAAAAGGACGUGGAGAAAUCCCUGCCUGCCAAAGUAGAGCAGAUCCUCCGUGUGGACAUGUCCGCCCAGCAGAAACAGUUCUACAAGUGGAUUCUCACAAGGAAUUACAAAGCCCUAUCUAAAGGCACCAGAGGCAGUUCCUCAGGCUUCCUCAACAUCGUCAUGGAGCUGAAGAAAUGCUGUAAUCAUGGGUUCCUUAUCAAACACCCAGAUGAGGGAGAAAAUGAGAAUCCUCAGGAGCACUUGCAGGCACUGGUCCGUGGCAGUGGAAAGCUUGUGCUGUUGGAUAAAUUGCUAACAAGACUGAGAGAACGAGGCAAUCGUGUGCUUAUCUUUUCUCAGAUGGUCCGUAUGCUGGAUAUCUUGGCUGAUUAUCUGGCCAUGAAACGCUGUCCUUUCCAGAGAUUGGAUGGCUCCAUCAAGGGAGAGCUCCGGAAACAAGCACUUGACCACUUCAAUGCGGAGGGUUCUGAGGAUUUCUGUUUCCUCUUGUCCACCCGUGCCGGUGGUCUGGGCAUUAAUUUGGCCUCAGCUGACACUGUGGUUAUCUUUGACUCUGACUGGAACCCUCAAAAUGACCUGCAGGCCCAGGCCAGAGCUCACAGAAUUGGCCAGAAAAAACAAGUGAAUAUUUAUCGUCUGGUCACGAAAGGAACUGUGGAGGAGGAUAUUAUUGAAAGGGCAAAGAAGAAGAUGGUGCUUGACCAUCUUGUCAUACAGAGAAUGGAUACCACUGGAAGGACAAUACUAGACAACAACUCGGGCAAUUCAAAUUCAAAUCCGUUUAACAAGGAGGAGCUGGCAGCUAUCUUGAAGUUUGGUGCAGAGGAUCUGUUUAAAGAACCUGAAGGGGAGGAAUCAGAACCACAGGAAAUGGACAUUGAUGAGAUCUUGAGGCUAGCUGAAACUAGGGAAAGUGAUCAAGGUUCCAGUGCCACAGAUGAGCUCUUGUCCCAGUUUAAGGUGGCUAACUUCACCAUGGAUGAGAGUACACCAGAGCUUGAGCAGAAGCCCAUGCGGAACUGGGAUGAGAUAAUUCCAGAAGAUCAAAGGCGGCAGGUGGAGGAGGAGGAGAAGCAGAAGGAGAUGGAGGACAUUUACAUGUUGCCCCGCAGCAGAAGCUCAAAUAAAAGAAUACAGGCAAAUGACAGUGACAGUGAUAUUGGCUCAAAGCUCAAAUUGAAGAGCCACUCAUCAGGUUCAGAGAGUGAGACAGAUGAAAGUGAGGAUGAUAAGAAGCCCAAGCGGAGAGGCCGGCCACGUGCACGCAAAAACAAUGUGGAGGGCUUCACAGAUGCUGAGAUUCGGAGGUUCAUAAAAGCUUAUAAGAAAUUUGGCGCUCCACUUGACAGGUUGGAGGCCAUUGCACGUGACUCUGAACUAGUGGACAAAUCCAUAGCAGAUUUAAAGAGACUCGGAGAGCUGGUGCAUACCACUUGCAUAGCUGCAGUACAGGAGCAUGAAGAACAAAUGAAGGAGAACCCCACUGAAGCUAAAGGGCCAGGAAAAAGGCGUGGCAUUAACAUCAAGAUCUCUGGGGUUCAGGUAAAUGCUAAAUCCAUCAUCCAGCAUGAGGAAGAUUUUGAGCCUCUGCACAAGGCUGUGCCUUCUAAUCCUGUUGAGAGGAGCAAAUUUCAGCUAAGCUGCCGUUUGAAGAUGCCACACUUUGAUGUAGAAUGGGAUGUGCAGGAUGACACGCAUCUGCUGUUGGGCAUCUAUGAGCAUGGAUAUGGUAACUGGGACCAGAUCAAAACUGAUCCCGAGCUGAAACUUUUGGACAAGAUUCUUCCAGACAACCCUGACAAAAAGCCACAGGCAAAGCAGCUGCAAAUGAGAGCCGAUUACUUGUUGAAGGUCCUAAAGAAGGAACAGGAGAGUAAAGAUGUAUUCAAAGCAGAAGAAGAGGUAAAGAAGAGAAAACCUAGAGUAAAAAAGGACAAGAUCCGAAAAGAAGAACUGGUCAGUGAAAUCUCCUCUCCUCAUCUUUCUGAACAUACUUCAGAGGAAGGUGAAGUAAAGUUCCAGGAUGAAAAAGCUGAAAAAAACCCCACAAAGAAGAAACAGAAGAAGGACAACAAAGAGAACAAAGAGAAGCAGGGCUCUGUGAAGAAAGACAAAGAGGGGGACAAGGACAAAAAACGCACAAAGCUCAGGAAAGAAAAGACUAAAUCAGGAGGGAAAGGCAAGAAAGCUCAGGGCCCUGUGCACAUUACAGCAGGCAGUGACCCAGUUCCUAUUGGAGAGGAGGAUGAUGAGCUGGACCAGGAAACCUUCAGUAUUUGUAAAGAGCGGAUGAGGCCUGUCAAAAAGGCUCUUAAACAGCUGGAUAAGCCUGAUGAAGGUUUGUCAGUGCAGGAACAGCUGCAGCACACACGUGCCUGCCUGUUGAAGAUUGGAGACCGAAUCACAGAGUGCCUUAAAGCCUACAAUGACCCAGAACAUGUCAAAACCUGGCGCAGAAACCUAUGGAUCUUUGUGUCUAAAUUCACGGAGUUUGGAGCUAAGAAACUGCACAGGCUAUACAAAAUGGCUCAAAAGAAGCGCUCCCAAGAGGAGGCGAAAGAGCACAAGAAAAAAGAUGACCCAACCAAAAAGAAGCUGUUUCGUCCAGAACCUUGUGGAUCGAGUCGGGAGUCUAUUGGCACACAACCUUCAUCCAAAUCACACACACCACAAAAUCACCCAACAGGACCUCCAUCUCACUCACACCACCAUCGGGGAGAUUGGCAAAGGGAACGUAAAUAUAACUACCCAGGAAACAGUAACCAGCCAUGGCAAGGUGACCGCCAUUACCCUUACGACCAGCACAGGUAUAAAGAGCAUCACUAUAGCAACCGGCGGGCACACUCAGAUUUGUACCACAGCUGUGGCUUCCGGAACCCAGGCUCAGCCCGUAAGCGGGUGUAUGAUCAGUAUAGCAAUGAUCGAGACCACCGUGUUCACCGUGACUAUUACGACAGGCAUCUAGACGCGAAGAGAAGACGCUCAGAUGACUACCGCUCUGCAAACUACCACCAGGCAGGUGGUGGAGGAUGUUACAAUCAGGACUUCCGUAGAAUGCCUGAUCAUCGGGGUGUCCCGGGGCAUGACCAUUACCGGCCAUUUCACCCAGACAAACCCCCUCCGCUGCUGGACCCGCGCUCUCCUCAGGCACAGAAAUCCCCGCUUGAGUCUCUCUCACCCCUGGACAGAACCACUGAACCCACAAAGCCCAGCCCUGAUCUAAACUGGAACAGAAAGACGUGAUUCUGUCCUCAGUGCUUGUAGAAAUUUAGGCAGGCUCCAGGCUGAGACAGGGUCACCAGUCCCCUUCUAUUUUUCUGAACUUAUGAUCCUGUAAGUGGAGCUCAAGCUUCCAUGUUCUUGAGAUUUCUGGGUCUUUUGGAGCUAAAAUGAGUUUAAAGGAGUGAAACAGUGUUAGUCCUGUGGACUACUAAAUGAACAAUGAAGUAUGAUGUGAUUUGGAAGCUUGGAAGUGCCUCACUCAUUUGUCUUUUCUUCAGCCAUUGCAGGAUUGCGAGUAUUUCUUUAUUUGUGCAAAGGUUUAUUCUCGGAUUUUUUUUUUUUUUCUGAAAAACAAGAGGAUCAUUUUUCUUGAACCACAUCAUUAGAUUUUAAUUAACCAGAGAUGUUUUGAUCCUGUAUUGUGUAAAAGCACUACUUCUCCUUCUCCUAUACAUUAUAGUGUUUGCUUUCAACACAGCUGAUUCAACUAAUGUAAUUGUCAGCACUUUUUAAGUUGAAAAACGUUUUAAGGAAAACACUGAAAUGUAUAGGGCAAGGUUGGGAAGCUAAUGUUUUGAAAUAGUCUUUUAUUUAUAUAAAAAAAUUUUUUUGCCCCAUUAUACCAUCAGAAAACUGUUCUCAGAAAAACAGCCCCACAUUUCCACAAAUGGCUGAUAUAUAUAUAUAUAUAUAUAUAUAGAUAUAUAUAUAUAUAUCUAUAUAUCUAUAUAUAUAUAUAUCUAUAUAUAUAUAUAUCUAUAUAUAUAUAGAUCUAUAUAUAUAUAUAUAUUUAUAUAUAUAUAUAUAUAUAUAUAUCUUUUCUCUAAUCAUCCAGAGUGAGAACAAUGCAGACCUUAAUGUUAGAACACUAAAUAACUAAACAUAAAAAUGUUUUAAUCUAUGGCUAAUCAAAGGUACUGUUUGAUAUCUUUAUAUUGCACUAAAAGUAUCAUACUCUACAAAUCUUCAUUAAUAAACCAUACGAAUGUUGACAUGAUGUUAAAUGAUGUUAGAUGUCUGUAUUUGAGCAAAAACUUGUAUAGUAUCCCAAUACAAGUGCUGAGCUUUUGUUUCAGCAGUUGUAAAGCCAAAAUUAGACUGGUGUGCUGGCAGAUAAUUUUUUUUUUUUUUUUUUUUUUUUUUUUUUUUAUAUAAAGUUUUUUGUUUUGUUUGUUUUCCUUCCAUCUGUGCCUUAUUUUUGUGUCCAAUAAAAUGCCAGGCUUUUAGUGUAGUGUAUUGAAAAGAAUUAUGGCAUUAUCCUCUCUAGGGCUAUUGUGCAAUACCUAGGGUGUAGAAGUCAUAUAUUUUAAUUACUCUUUGUAGUGCACAUACCUAUUGAGAAGAGAGGCCUUUGGGAUUUUGACAGUUUCUAAACAAGAUCUUUAAAUCAAACAAUGCCCAGUAUUGUUGGUGCAUGUUGUGGACUGUGGAGACUUUAAAAAGAGAGUGGAAAACACUUUCUCAUGGAGGAACAGAGGCAUGUGUGUUAAAUGGAUUUGGAACUCAUCUCUCUCCUUCCUCCAAGAAACUUUAUUCUUUAAGGAAGAGUAAUUAAAAAAAAAGUAAUUUAUAUUUGUGAAAGCAGCCACUGUUCACAUGAACUGCACUGUACAUAUUGUUUAUACACCUGUAUGUAUUAAACUUUGCUACACCAUGCA